ACAUCUAAAACUUAAUUUAAACUUAAUAAUGAACUAUCAGCACUAAAUACAUCUUCAAACAACGAGGAAUAAUAGAGAAGGAGGAGAAACGAAAAGUAACUAACUAUUUAAGUGUUGAUAUAAAGAUUUUAUAAGUCCUUGGGCCCGGAGUGCAAGAUCGAAAAGAGCUCAAGCAGGAUAUACCGUGCACCUAUCAAUUUUAUCAAAUUGUUGUUGCUGAGAAACUCGUCAAUGAAGGAACUCUUGAUUUAUAACUGUUGGAUAGCUCUUUACGUGCAUCACAAAAAUAUUAUUAUAGUUCGAGCUGAAUCAUAAUAGUGAUUGAUUACAAUAAUGAAAGAAGAAAAUGUUGAUGAUAAAAAACAUUCAAUCCAUCUUGAGAGCAUGCAAAAACAAAAUUCAAACAAAAUUUUAAAAGACUAUAAAGUGGGAUGGAAGUUUUGGAAAAAACGAAGAUAUGUUGUUGCCUUGUUAUCUUUCUUGGGUUUUUUUUCUUCUUAUAUUCUUCGAGUGAAUUUAAGCAUAGCCAUUGUAAACAUGACUAAUGGCACAGCUGAGAAAGAAGCAGAGUUUGACUGGGACUCGAAACUUCAAGGAGUGGUUUUAAGUUCUUUUUUCUAUGGAUUUGUCAGUACACAACUUCUUAGUGGAUGGUUAAGUGCUCGUGUUGGAGGAAAAAGAGUGUUUGCUGUUGGAAUUGCUGUAACAGCUGUUUUUACAAUUAUUACUCCACCCUUAGUAAGAUUAAGUGUCUAUGCCUUUAUAUUAAUACGAAUCGUUGAAGGAAUCUUUGAGGGCAUAACAGUUCCAAGUAUCCAUGCAAUUUGGGCAAACUGGGCUCCACCUCUUGAAAGAUCUAAGCUUGCAAGCAUAUCAUUUGCAGGUAUUUAUGUCGGUACAGUAUUUGCUAUGCCUACUUGUGGAAUGAUGGCAGAACGACUUGGAUGGUCAUCUGUUUUUUAUUUCUGUGGUACUGUUGGAUUAUCAUGGUGCUUCUUGUGGUGCUAUUUUGUGACUGAUAGACCUGAAGAUGAUCGUAGAAUUUCUACUGCUGAACUUGAGUACAUUCAACAGCAUCUUGGUUUAAAUAAACAAAAAGUCAUUACUCAUCCUUGGAAAGAGAUUUUUACUUCUGCAUCAGUUUGGGCAAUCGUAGCAGCUCACUUCAGUGAAAAUUGGGGAUUUUACACAAUGCUCACUCAAUUGCCGAAAUUCAUUAAUGAUGUAUUAAACUUUCAAUUGGAGAAAACUGGAUUCUUUUCAGCUAUCCCUUAUCUUGCAAUGGCUAUAAUAUUACCAACAUUUGGCUUUCUAGCUGAUUAUCUUCGAUCGAAGAAAAUUUUAACUACUACUCAAGUGCGGAAACUUUGCACUUGUGUAGCUUUUCUGAUCCAAACAGUAUUUAUGAUUUGUGCUGCAUUUACUGAAACAGCUUUUGCUGCUAUCACUUGUCUUACUUUAGCUGUUGGCAUUGGUGGUGUGGCUGGAGCAGGCUUCAGUGUAAAUCACUUAGAUAUAGCACCUCGACAUGCAAGUGUUCUCUUUGGAAUAAGUAAUACUUUUGGAACUCUUCCAGGUAUUUUAAGUCCAAUUAUAACGGGUUAUAUAGUUCAGAAUGGAACAGCCGCUGAAUGGAGAAUUGUUCUAAUAAUUGCAGGAGUUGUGUAUAUUUUUGGUGCGCUUGUUUAUGGUCUUCUUGCAUCAGGGGAAAAACAAAAAUGGGCAGACUAUACAACGAAUAAAAGUCUGCAUGCUCACUCCAACCUUGCAUUCGAUGUUGAUAUUAUUCAUGAACGUUAUAAAGCAUUAAAUGUAUAAAUGAAAUUAAAUUAUUUUUUUACCGUAUUUUAUUCUUAAAUAGUCAACAUGCAGUAAAACAAUUAUUUAAAUCAACAGUCAUAUAGUUUUGAAUAUACAUAGUAUGGAUUCUAGUUAUA